AUGGGUAGUGAUUUGUUGAAGAUGCGAGUGGCCGAGUGUGUCUGUCAGUCUGCCUUAAUUAGGAGUAAUAAUGUUGCGUACUUGUUUGUGGAUCCUACUACUGUUGUUUGCAGAGGCGUACGUCGUGUGGCGACAAGAGGUGCCUGGUUCAAGGUCGUUUUUCACAGAGAUAUUUUUGUCUCAAUCUCAGUUAUUAACCUUGUCAAGGAUGAAAAACAUAUAAUUGCUGGUGAGCUCUCAAGGAAUUUGAUAAAGACCCCUAUCAGCCCUUUGAUUUCUAAGGCCUGGGAUGGUGUGUGGAUGUCUCAUGCUACUCGUGAAGUGGAAAUUUUGGUUUGGAUGAGCCUAAUGGAAAGAAUUAGCAUGGACAACCUACUUGCUCAAAGGAACACCAUUUCAUCCAACCAAACUUCGGCUCGCUAUGUAACUAUCCUGACGAGCCUGUGGGUUAUUAUUGGUGCGGAUGGUGCUGUAAGGAAUGGUCAAGGUGGAUUACUCUACCUCUUCUCUUUCCCUGUUGGUUUGAUGGAGUCAAACAGAGCAGAAUUUGGAGCUUCAAAUGGCUUGCCAAAUGUAAUGCCUGGCCAUGGUUCUUCCGGACUGAAAUCAAUUCUAAGCUGCUAA